GGGGGAUGGAUUAAGAAUGAUGAAAUGGGAGAGAACCUACUUUUAGGCACAAGGAGAUUAUCUGUCAAAAAUACUAAAUGGAUAUUAGAGAAAGCUCAGAGAAUAAUGGCAACCCUCUACUCCAUUUCUCAUAUUUCUCAUUAUUCUCUCUAUAUCUUUGUCAUUUGUUGCCUAUUCUUUUGGCUUCUAAGGUCUCCCUGGUUCUGAUCCAUCUCAAAAACCAUGGGGGACAGAAUAGAAGCAUCUGAUCCUACAUGUGCUGAAAGUUCCGAUAAAACUGGCACCGAAAAGAAGAAAUGGGAGCCUCUUCGUUUUAUAAGGAGAAAACCUCGAACUUCUUUCUCCGACUCAGUUACAUCUAUUGACUUGACAUCUUUAGGCGCCGAAUUGAAGAGAAUCGAUGCACUGUCUCCAAAAGGUGAUCUUCAAGAUUGCUCAAGGACUGCAGAAGCUCUAGAACUAACAAAUGAAGCAUCAGAAGAAUCUAACUCCGCAACGGACUCUGAAGGCCAACUGAGUUUGACUGGUCUUGUUCAUCUGCGCGGCUUCUUUCGUUUACUGAAAAAAGGACCCGGAAUCCCUUCUCAAGUAUUGCCUCCUCUAAUGCCUAAGCUCCCGUUAAAGAGGGGAAAAAAAGGCGGAGAAGACACGGUUCCACUAGAUUCCGCUCUGGAUGCAGAAUUACGCUGUUUAAAAUCUUCCUGGAAGAACUUUUCACUCUCAGAGCUUCAGGAAGCAACCAAUAACUUCAGCCAUGAAAAUUUGAUAGGGCAAGGAGGGUAUGCAGAAGUUUACAAAGGGCAAUUGAAAGACAGGAAGUUUGUUGCAAUUAAGCGGCUAAUGAAAGGUUCACAGGAAGAGAUGAUCGAGGAUUUCUUGUCUGAGCUUGGAAUUAUGGUUCAUCUGGACCAUCCCAAUAUUGCUAAAAUGAUUGGCUAUGGGGUUGAAGGGGGCAUGUACCUUGUUCUUCAAUUGUCUCCCCAUGGAAGCCUGUCAUCUUUACUUUACGGCCCCAAGGAGAAACUGACUUGGAGAAUCAGAUUCAAGAUUGCUGUCGGGACUGCCGAAGGCCUUAGCUAUCUUCAUGAAGGUUGCCAGCGGAGAAUUAUCCAUAAAGAUAUCAAGGCAGCAAACGUAUUGCUUUCCGAGAACUUUGAUGCUCAGAUUUCUGAUUUUGGCCUUUCAAAGUGGUUACCCGAUAAUUGGACACAUCAUACCGUCUAUAAAGUCGAAGGCACAUUUGGUUACCUUGCUCCUGAGCUUUUCAUGCACGGCAUAGUCGAUGAAAAAACGGAUGUUUAUGCUUUCGGCGUACUGCUGUUGGAACUAAUCACCGGGAGGCGAGCUGUUGAUAGUUCACAAAAAAGCCUUGUUAUCUGGGCAAAACCAUUGAUUGCAGAAAAUAAGAUCAACGAGCUCGUUGAUCCAGCUCUCGGGAAUAACUAUGACCUGGACCAGUUAAAAUGUGCCAUUGCAACAGCUUCUAUUUGUAUAAAUCAGUCAUCGAUAGAUCGACCCCAAAUGAGUCAGGUUGUAGGCAUGCUUAAAGGUGAUCCUAAAUGCCUUGAGAUGCUGAAAGAACAAGAAAAGUGCCCUCAUCGGAGGACUUUCUCCGACGAGAUCUUUCAUACAGAAGAAUACAAUUCAACUAACUGUUUGAAUGGUCAAAAUUCUCAGAAUGAAAAAGUUUCAUAAUGGUUUUUUUUUUUUUUUGUAAAAUAUAUAUUCUGAAAAUUUGGUUCUUCUCCAAGAAUUUUUUUUUUCCAAAUUUUGAUUGUUGAUUCUUCUAGCUUUUUACAUCCUUUUUUUUCAAGUUCUAGUUUCCAUCAAAUGAAGUAAUGAACCCACACAUUUGAAGGAUUGGAACAGUUUGAAAGAAGGGAAAAAAGAUAGACCAGUCGAUACAAAAUAUAAUAUAAACACCACAUGUUUUUU